GCGGUGGCGGGGCUGGCAGGGCUGAGGAGGCGAUAACGCGGCUGUUCUGACAGCAUUCAGCCUGUGGAGGUGAAGGGAGGAAGUGGGAAGAGGCAGCUCCCCGCCGGCACGCUGUGUGGGCCCGCGCUGAUCGGGGCCGCGUUGCUCCCACCCUCGUUUCUCCCUCAUCGAGCCAGGCUGUGGCUGCCAGUAGAUCUGUACGCCCGGAGCUCGGGCACAGCUCGGUGAGGCUCCCCUCCUGGCCUUGCCGCAGCCACUCCUCGUGGGAAUGGCACGAACAAGCCGGGCCCUGUUCUAAAUCGGGAUGUAAUUAUAAGGGAGCCGUACGUCUGGCAGUGCCUGUGGCUUUCUCUGGCCUAGGACAUUCCUACAAGUGUGCUACGUCCCGCAUAGCAUUUGUUUUACAUCUGAGUGUACGGUGAGAAAAUGGAAAGCUACAUUCAGCUAUCCUCCCAAGCGUCAUCCAGCAAGCAGAUUGUAGCUGUGAGCGUGGAAAGCAUGAGCUGAGAAAAUAUUUGGUUGCUCCUAGGAUUUUUAGAAUUACCUUGAGCUCUACGUAAAUUUUAAGCAGUGCUUCCUUGGGGCAUCAGGAGUCCAAGAAAAUUAAGCAAGACAUAUACUUUUAUGAUCUGAUUCACUACUGCAUGCUGGUCCUUAGACAAGAUUGCUCUCGGCUGCAGGGAGGCUGGGCUACUGCUGCCCAGCUUGCAGAGAUAAUAAGUCAUUGUUGUGUAGGACUGGAGGUGAAAGAAGAUCCUGAGGAAUUUUACAAGAAAUUUCUUCCUUCAGCUAUAGACAACCUGCUGUUCUUGGGGAGACGCCUGCAAGCGCGAUUUAUCCGAGCAGUCAAGGAUGAAGAAAAACAAGAUUUUUUACGCUAUUUCCAAACAGUAACUGAUGCCAUCUGCUGGCUGUUUGGUGGACAUAUUCAACUAACAGAGUGUGUGCUGCAAAAUGAUCACUUCCUGAAGUUGCUAAUAUCAGACAGUGUUGAAACAGCAGUUACAAUGAUGUCUGUUUUACACAGUAUUUUGGGGGUCAAUAGUUCUGUCCUGCUUCGGGUUGAUGAAGAGAUCCUGCAUUCCUUAUUGGAUGAACUUGUUUAUAAGCUUUCAUCUUCUACCAACCCUGUCAUAGGAAACUCUGCUACAAAAUUGCUGUUGCUGAUGGCAAAAUUUUGCAAGCAGCUCCUGAAGUUACUGGCAGCUCGCUACAAAGGACUACAUGUGCUUUUAAGUAAACAGUGGACUGGCAAAGGAUUUGACAGGGAUCUCAGUCAACUUCUGGACUUGCUAUACUUGGAACAAUCCAAUGGAAAAGAGGAAGUGCAGAGACAGCACCAAGCAGCUUGUGUAAUUCAGGCAACGUGGAAGGGAUUUCAGACAAGAAAAAGACUGAAAAAACUGCCCCAAGCAGUGACAGCUUUGCAGAGAAGCUUCAGAGCUAAACGAGAACGGGAGCUUCAGCUUUUGGAGAAACAGAAGGAAGAUGAGGCCCUAAAACUGCAAAUGCAGAUCCAGAGACAGAGGGCCAUGAGACUCUUCCAUGAAAGACAGCUGGCCUUACUGGAAAUAAUCCAUCCCAGUCAGAUAAAUAAGCACAUGCAGGAAAUGGAGGUGAAAUCUGCAUUAACUAUCCAGAGAUUUUGGCGAGGGUAUAGAGCAAGAAAAAAUAUUCAUCAACAGAAACAGUCUCUUAAGGAGUAUAAAGCAGCUGUCAUCAUUCAGAGAGCAGCUUGUAAGUUCUUGGAAAAACAAAGAAGAAAGAAAACUCUCUCUUCCUGGAAAGAUCCCAAAGGGCUGAGUGAUGAGCAGAGAGUAGCUUUGCAGCAGAAGGUGGAUGACUACAUCAAAUUGCAUCCGGCUUCCCAAAUGUCAGAAGAAAUGAGUAAAGAAUUACAUAUGCAGGCCCAGGAAAAGCUGGCACAGUUCCUGCUGAGAAGCAGGCUGGAUCAGAGAGCAGCACAGCGGAGAGAGACGUUACUGGCUCAGGUCAACACUGAUGUGGAGCUGCUAAUGAAUGCUCCGCCGUUAGCAGAGACCACAGAAAAAGAUCUUGCUGUUUUCAUGAGUCGAUCAGUCCCUGUAGCUACCAAGGCCAAAGAGUCCCACAAUGCUAUGCUGAAAUACACUCGCUGGCCGUGGUGGAAGAAGCUUGGAGAUGAGUUUGAGGAGGAUGAUGUCAUUCCUGAUGACAUCCUGAAUGCAGAACUUGGAAGUCUGUUUAUUGGUGGAAGGAAAUCCUUAUAGCUAUUGGUGGAAGCUCAUCCAUUUACGGGCAGAAGAAUCUGUUACUCAUUUAGCCAGGCUCAUACCUUGCACUAUGCAUUACUUGUACAUGUUUUUAAGAAAGCAAAACACUUGAAUUCUAAGACAAAGCACUGAAAAAGAACAGGGUUUUAUUUUACUUACCUUAUUAAGAAUCUUUCUGUGCAUCAGCAGUAAAAUAUUGACUGUGCUAACACCAAAAGGAUUUAAAUACUGUAGUUGCUAAUAAGGAUAUUUUGUAACUGUUUCAAAAAGGAUUUAAGUACUGUAGUUGUAAAUACAGACAUUUUGUAACUUAUAUAGCUUUGACUGUAUAUAUUCUUUGCAUUUUCACUUGUUACUUCCACUCAGAUGCAUAAAAAAUUAUUCCCUUGUAAAAGCCUGGGCUGAUGUGCUUUGAGGUGAAGGUGGAUUCAGAACAGAUUAAGACAUGAGAACUCAGGCAAGUAGGAAACAGGCUGGGUGUUUCCAGCAGGGUAGAACAGCUAACUGUGGUCAGCACAGGCAAAGCUUGGACUGAGGAGUCUCCACUUCUUGCUUAGAAACAAGUGAAAAAGCAAGAAGAAGAAAGACAUACAGCCUAACAAAAUCGAACUGUAUGUUUUCCUUUAAAAGCAUGCAGUUCCUUGCACAGCCAGUGCACUGCAGUGUAAGAUGGUUGCAAUCCAAACUGUUAAAUGGGAUCAAUAGUGUCAGUGUGGCCAUCUGCACCACCACCCUCAUCUUAAACCACGCAGAUAUCAUUUAAUUCAGAAAGGUCUCCAGCAUGAUCACUGUCACCUGGUCUAUGGUGAAAAUCUGUAGUCGAGGGCCAAAGGCCACAGCUGACCAAUCUGCACAGAAAGAAAGGAGAACACAAGACUGCAGUAGGUGCCUGCACUACUAAUAAAGUAUUCAUUAGGUGAGACCCAGAAAGUCUUAAUACUGCAGAGGAAGAAAAAGCACAGUGGUUUCUGCCAAUUGUGUAUGGACAGCAAUAUUGCUUCUGUGUGUUUGCUUUCCAUCUUCUCUAGAAGGUUUUAAUUUUAGUGAUGAAUGGAAAACAAAUAAAUAGAAAUAGUAGGCAGAAGUCCAAGGCCAUUCAGAUGCAGCUGAUACAUUGAAAUUAAUAACUGGGCAGCUGCCAGGAGGAAGAGCUGUGCUCUGGGUUAAUUUUUUUAGCAGGCACAGUGAUUUGGAAGGCACUGAAUUGGCUCUCAGCUCCCUUCUUGGAGAGUUAACUGGUGAAAAAAUCCAUUAUCUGACAGGGCGUUCACAUGUGACUGUUGAAUUACAUGUUCUGCACAGCCUUGCUAUUAGUUUUAGACCAUGCUUAUCAGAAACCAGGUGCCCUACGAACACCA